GCCCCUCUCGAAAUCGUUUCUGCGAAAUGGCGCAAGGCAGAGGGAGAGCCCGCGGCCCCGCCCGGGGCGGGAGCCCCCCCCGUCCCUAUAUAUCACCGGUCUGUGGCCCGGCUGCACGGCGGCGGCGGCGGUGACCCCUCAGGAGGGCUGGCAGGCGGGGGACGGGCCCGGCGUAGGUUCAGGCAGCUGCUGAGGGAAGCUACAACACCGUGAUAUGAGACUUAUUUAUUGAAAUAUAUGUUCUGGAAUGAAGUAGACAAGCAACAUAGGAAAAGUGUAACUAUUUAUAAGUAAUGACAGUUCAUUUAUCUUUAGACGCGUAUUUGGUUUUUGUGAUUAACCCAAAAGGCCUUUGGUGGAAGCAAAGAAACAAAUACUUGUACUUGUAUAGACCUAAAGUGUGCUGGAGGAUAAAUCAUGCCAUUCACCCCAGAGUUUUUCAUACAAGCGAGCCUCGGUGUAAAUGGGCCAGAAGCAGAACAUUUUGGUAUAACAAAUACAUUUACAGCCAUGAUUAUUUAUACUACAGAGUUUCUCAACUUUUAACUUCUUCCAAAGGACUUACAAAAGUGAACAAUCGCAUGUCACGAAUUAAGAAUACUAUAGACUCUGUUUCAAAGGCAGUGUCUGGCACUCACAGUGAACUGGUUUCACGGAUAGCUCGAUUAAAGUCACACUCGGGUAGUCUGGGAAAAACAAAUAAAAGCAAUGCAGAUGCAAAUAACAUCAAUGCAAAUCUAGAAAAUGCUAAACAAAUCACAGAUGCCAGAACACAGGAGGAUUGCAACAGAGGCCCAGCAGCAAAGAAAUCCACGUGUGCAAAGGAGAACUCAGAGUCUAUGUUAGGAAGCUCAAGUGACAGUGAUCAAGAUACUUCAGAAGAUUCAGCAUCUACUAAAACCCACCUUUUUCAUAUAAGCUACUUUUCUACAAAUUUUGGACAGACUUACAACUUUGUAGCUGAUCACGUCAACUGGUACUUUAACAAUAUUUCUGUUAUGGAUCAAGAGAAAAAGAAUGCUUUAUUUCAGGACUCUAAAAGCGAAGAGAGGAAUAAGCUUGAUUUGUCAAAAAAUACUGUAAUGAGUGAAGAAAAGACAGUGGAUUCGGGAGCUACUUUAGCUCCUGAAGCAGAGACUCCAGGUGCUGUAAAGACAAAUCCUUCUCUUCCAGUUUCCACCAAAAAAAGUAUUGCAAACUUUCUUUCAUAUCCCAGUAACAGUGUACAAGCUUUUGUGGACAGUUACAUCGGUGGGUUGGUUCCCAAGUUAAGAUCUGAUACAAAAGCUGUUUCACAAGAAAAGAGUAAACAGCCAGAACAAGAGGUGUCUGAGAAGGAUGAGGAGGACAAAGCAAAAGAGGUGAAGACUGCAGAAGAGAGAGAAAGGCAUCUGUCUCUUCAGAGGGAAAAGAUUAUUGCAAGAGUGAGUAUUGAUAACAGGACUCGAGCUUUAGUUCAAGCCCUACGAAGAUCCUCUAAUCGAAGAGUCUGUAUCAGCAGGGUUGAAGAACUGACCUAUCAUCUUCUAGAAUUUCCAGAGAGCAGAGGAGUUGCAAUUAAGGAAAAAUUAAUCCCGUGCCUGCUGCGACUGAGACAGGCAAAUGACGAAAGUCUUCAGGCUGCUGUUAGAGAGACUUUAGCCAUAAUUGGAUAUACAGACCCUGUGAAAGGCUGGGGAAUUCGAGUUCUCACUAUUGAUGGAGGCGGAACAAGGGGUUUAGUUGCACUUCAGACUCUACGGAAACUAGAAGAACUAACUGGAAAGCCGGUUCAUCAACUUUUUGACUACAUUUGUGGUGUAAGCACAGGAGCUAUAUUAGCUUUUAUGUUGGGGUUGUUCCAUAUCCCUCUGGAUGAUUGUGAAGAACUGUAUCGCAAGUUAGGAUCAGAUGUUUUUAAGCAGAAUGUCAUUGUUGGAACAGUCAAAAUGGGUUGGAGCCAUGCCUUUUAUGACAGUGAUGUCUGGGAAAAAAUGCUCAAAGAAAAAAUGGGCUCAAAUCUUAUGAUUGAAACUGCAAGAAAUUCCAAAUGUCCAAAGGUAGCUGCAGUAAGCACCAUUGUAAACAGAGGAACACCACUGAAAGCAUUUGUUUUCAGAAACUACAAUCACUUUCCUGGUGUUAAGUCUCAUUAUAUUGGAGGCUGUCAGUACAAACUGUGGCAGGCCAUUAGAGCAUCAUCUGCUGCUCCGGGUUACUUUCAGGAGUAUGUUUUGGGCAACGAUCUUCAUCAGGGUCUGGUCAUCAGGGGCAACCUGAGUCAUCCUGAUACCUGAUGAAAGUACAAUCCAGAAGAGCUCAAGCAAUCUAGAAGAUUUCUUGAGUGCAUUGAUGAGCUUCCUGGCACAGAUGAUGGAAUAGCCAACAACGGAAGGUGCUUUGCUGUACCUGAUGCUUAGGAAGAAUAAAGAACUGGUCACGGACAUGAAAGUUAAAGAAAGCCUUCGUUACAGUGACCAUGAGAUGAUGGAGAUCAAGACCUUAAGAAAAGGGAGCGGGAAAAAGUCAGGACUACAGUCCUGGAUUUCAUGAGAGCAGGCUUCAUCCUCCUCAGAGGUCUGCUUGGAAGAAUCCCAUGGGUUAUGGCCUUGAAGAGAGGAGGGGUCCAGGAGAGCUGGCUGAUACUCAGUGAUCACUUCCUCCAAGAUCAAGAAAGGAGCAUCCCAACAAGUAGGAAAUCAAGCAAAGGUGGCAGACACGGAUGAGCAAGAAGGUCCUAACUAAACUCAGACAUAAAAACAAAGCGUACAAUAGGUGGAAGCAGGAGCAGGUGACCCAGGAGGAGUAUAGAGCUCCUGUGCAGUCUUGCAGAGAUGAAGUCAGGAAAGCAAAAGCCAGCCUAGAGUUGAAUCUGGAGAAGGAUGUAAAGGGCAACAACAAAGGAUUCUACAAGUAUAUAAACAAAAGAAACAGUAGGGAAGACAUGGACCUGCUACUGAAAGGGGCAGGAGAGCUGGUGACAAAUGACAUGGAAAAGGCUGAGAUGCUUAACACUGCCUUUGUCUCAGUCUUUAAAUGUUUUUUUGGUAAAAAUGCCCUUCAGGAAUCCCAUAAUGCCUGAUGUGUCGCACCCGAGUGCUGAUGGAGCUGGCUAAUGCCACUGUGAGGUGAUUCUGGGUCAUUUUUAAAUUAUCAUGGUGAUUGCAAGAGGUUGGCAGAGCAGAUGUUAUUUUUCAGGAAGGGCAAGAAGAAACCUCUGGGGAACUACAGGCUAGUUGGCCUCAGCCCAGUCCCUCAGGAGGUGAUGGAAGAAAUCUUCCACGAAAGGAUUUUCAAAGUCGUGAAGGACAAGUAGGUGAUCAUGAGUAGUCAGCAUGAAUUUACAAAGGGGAGCUUAUGAUUGACCAACCUGGUAGCCUUCUGCAAUGGGGUGACUAGCUUGGUGGACAAGUGGAAACCUGUGGAUGUUGUUUACCUCAACUUCAGUAAUGCCUUUGACGCUGUCUUCCAUAACAUCAUCAUAGACAAGCUGACAAAGUAUGGAUUAGAUAAGUAGACAGUGAGAUAGAUUGCAAACCAGCUGAAUGACCAGGCCCAGAGGGCUGGAAUCAGUGUCACAAAGUCCAGUUGGAAGCAAGUCACUAGAGGUGUACACCAGUGGUCAGUGCUGAGGCCAAUAGUAUUUAAAAUCUUCCUUAAUGACCUAAAUAAUGGGACAGGGGUCACAGAUGGUACAAAUCUGAGAAAUGGCUGGUACACCACAUGGUUGGGCCACCACGCAGAGGAACCUCAACAGGUUGGGGAAUUCUCAUGAAGCUGAAUGAGGCCAAAGGCAAACACGCAUCUGGGGAGGGAUAACCCAUGCACCAGCCCAUGCUGGGGACUGACGGGUUGUAAAGCACCUUGGCAGAGGACUUCGAGGUGCUGGUGGCCAAGCUGAACAUGAGCCAGCAAUGCACCCUUGUGGCAAAAAAGGCCAACAGCAUCCUGGGCUGCAUCAAGAGCAGACCAAGGGAGGUGAGCCUUCCUCUCUGCACUGCUGAGGCUGUGUCUGCCGUACUGUGUCCAGUUCCCCAGUACAAGAGAGACAUGAGCAUACUGGAGCAAGUCCAGUGCAGGUCCACAGAGAUGAUUAAGGAACUGGGACAUUUCUCAUACGAGGAGAGAGUGAGAGAGCUGGGACUACUCAGCCUAGAGAAGAGAAGGCUCAGGGUUGAUCUUACUAAUGUGUACAAAUAAAGGGUGAGAGGGAAUGAAGAUGAAGGAGCAGUGCUCUUCCCAGUGGUACCUGCUGGAAGGAAAAAAGACAAUGGUACAUGAAAUUCCAUCUGAACACAAGAAAAGUUUUUAGUGUGAGGGUGGUCAAACAUUGAAACAGGUUGCCCAGAGAGGCUUUGGAGUCUCCAUUUCUGGAGAUAACUCUAAAGCCCAACUGGACGUGACCUUGCUUGAGCAGGGGAAUUGGACCAGAAAACUCAGUAGAUUCCUUCCAAUUUAACUGAUUCUAUGAUUUUCCAACUCUUGCUCCAACCUGCAGCAUCCUGUGUAAUCACUGUGCUUAUAAAGUAGCUUGGGCCAAGCUCAGCUUUUGUGAUUGUUUAUUUACUUACUUAUUUUGGAAUCUACAGGUAAUGAUUUGGAUUUAGUUACAGAAUAUAUCCAUGUAAUACUAGUAAUAAACAUUUUAGGAUGCGGACUUUUUUGAUUGUUUAAAAAGUUAUCAAUAUACGUGUUUGUCUUACCUAAAAGGUCUUCAGAAGACAAAGUCAUGACUUCUUCAGAUAUUCCAGUAAAUGCUGCUGUUUUAGCCUACCCCUUCUACAUGUAACACAUAACA